AUGUCGGAAACAGGUCAGAGCCCAAACCUCGAGGAUCUCACUCCCGAGGAGGCAAGUCGCAUCAUUCAUUCGCACCGCAAGGUGAGAUACGUCCGUCAAGCGGCCUAUCUCCGAGGACCCAAGACCACGUGCGCCGUCGUUCAGACCUCCACUGGCAAGAACUUAUCCAUCUCCUCGGACCAUUCAACUCCCAAUAGGAAGCGGGCGCGGUCCCCCGAUGUCUCUGAGCUCAGGAGAAGCCAAAGCAACGAUGCCCGUGAUGCAAUAGCAUAUGAGCCCGAUAGUACCGAGCCAACAAGAUAUGUUGGGCAGAAUAGCAUCCCAGCCCUGCUUAACCUCCAGUCCUCAUCCGAGCCCCAAGAAGUGAACGAGAUACGCCAAGACAUGCGUUCGCUACUUGGUCUCGAGUACUCGGCCCCCUUCCCGUUGAUGUCAUCGCGCCAUCUCAACAAGCUGACAUCAGAUAUUGCGUCCGAGUUGCCAUCCGAUAGGGAGGUUAUGAAGCUGUUCCGAACAUACAAGGAGAUACCACAGCCAUUUUGGGGCUUCGUAAUCGAUAUUGAUGAGCUGGAGUCGAAGCUCAUGGUUUACCUUGAAGAGCGAGCAAAGAAUGCUCGUUCUUCAACUAAAACCACGAAGCCUGUCUCGGCCUCGUGGCUGGCCAUUCUCUUUGCUGUCCUUGCUGUCGGUUCCCAGUAUCACGACUCCCCCUACCAUGUUCGGACCAGGGAUGCCCAGAAGUACAUUCAAACUUCGUUCCAUUUUCUAAGAGUUGGUAAUUUUCUGCUCAGCUUUGUUCUGCUCAAUGAUAUGAAGGCAGAGGCAUCCUGGGCACUUCUCGGCCUCACCUGUCGAUUAGCCCAGUCACUUGGCUUACAUCGUCCGCAACCCCUUGAUGAUCGGCAAACUCCAGAUGCUGAAAAGAAGGAAAUGGCAAGGAGAAAGCUAUGGUGGACGUGUCUCUGGCAUGAUACCCUCACAUCAUUGUCUUUUGAUCGCCCCCCUAUGACCAACAUUCCCUGUUGCCCCAUGCCCCUUUCACCAACGGCCCAUACGGAAGGCCUCGCAUAUCUCGAAGCCAUGUACCAUCUCUGUAAGCUUAUCUCGGAGAGACUGAACCCUGAUGCCGCCGCAAACGCCGACUACAGGCAAAUCCUGGAUAACUGUCAAGCCGUUGCGAACAUCCGAGAGAAGAUGCUCCUUCAGUUGCGCAAGAAGGAAGCUUGCAAAACUGUCCUAGACCGGCUGCAACAUUAUGCGAUCCGUUUGCAUACUUCUUUCGUUGUUUCUGUCUGCUGCCGACCUGCACUGAUGAGGAGAGGUAAUAACCGCCUUACCGAAACCCAGAGGAAAUUCCUGGCAGAGAGAUGUAAGGCCAACCUUGCAGAAACAGUGCGCAUGUUUCUAGCUAUGCAUCAACUCUCCGUCAUCCCGACUCGGUCCUGGGCUUUCACAUACCACGGCCUGUCGUCAGCCGUUCUUCUCGGCAUCCUAGGCGAGACAAAGACGGACCCUGAAGUGCGCCAACUGCAGGGUGAUCUCAUCUCUGCACUAUCAGCAACAGCAGCAAAAGAGCAAACCUCCCCUCAACCCCACAUCCGCCGAUCUGAGCUCGACAUCGAGCUCUCUGGCCCUCUCUCCCGGGCGCUGACUGCGCUCAAGAACAUUUACGACCAUGGGUCCGUCUUCGUGCCACAAGUCAAGCGGGAAGGGAGCGUCGUGCCCGCCGGAUCUGGCUCACGCACACCCCUCCAGCCCGCGCAAACCCCCGGCUACUCCGGCAUUGCCGGAGUAGAUGGUUCAGAGUCACGGUCGGCAGUUGCAGCUCAGACGACGAUCGAGACGCAGUUGGAUGCACACCAAAACGCGGCUUUGGCAAUGACCGAGCUGCAGAUGCAGAACGGAGGUGGCAGCAACAAUGCUGGUUCUGCGGACUUUUCUGCCGGGUAUGUUUGGUCUGCUGCUACAGCUGCCACUGCUGUUGCUUCUGCCCCCGGGCGCCCCUCCACCAUGGGUGCUGACAGAUCCAUUAAUAGUAUUCCAUUUUCUUCUGUGCCUACGCAGCAGGAGCAGAUCCCGGAGAUUCCGGGGUUUGAUGGCCCUGGAACGUAUAUGUCCCCGAUGGAGAUGUAUGAGUCUAUCUUCUGGGAAGUUCCUAAUCCAUGGAAUACCGGUUUUGACUCGAUGAACUUCGAAUUUCUUCCUCACCCCCCGCCUGGUCAACCGUCGCAGCAGCAGUUCUACUUCUGA